CUUGUCCCUUCUUGCUACGCAUUUAUGUGGGCACGGGUGGGAGCCACACACAUCGGGACUACGCUUUCCUGCCCCUUGCCAUGUUCCAUCACGGGCAGGGACUGCGCCAGCAAGGGGGGACUCGGCGGGGCCAAUUGCAGUGAGCACGCCCAUCGUUCCAGGGUCCAGGGUCCAAACCCGGCCCGGCAGUCCUGAAGACCGGGUAGCGCUGCUCUCCAAAUCUACUACCACAGCACGGCAGCCUCUUACUCAGAGCUUGAUUCUUGCAAAGCCAAUUAUCGUCACAUUCCCCAACGACUUGACAUAAGACGCUGUUUACAUUUCUACGCAGACCUUGCUUGAUAAGAAAAGUUUAUUAGGCGUUUCAAGGGUGUUUCGGUGCGCUAGACUGAGGGGAUCUUCUUCUGCUUUCGCUUGUUUUGUGGGAACCCAGCAAAGAUGGCGACCAGAGGCAUAGCUCAGCUCAAGGCGCAGUAUAAUCGUGUCCGCACGAGUACGGCCUUGCAAGGAAACUCUAUGUGGAACAACGUCAUUGGAAUUGAGAACGAGCAGAAGGGCACCAACUCUGCCAUCGAGGCUGCGCUGCACGCCCCCUCGUAUGGCGGCGGGCACAAGGCGCAGCGCAUGGAGCGUGCGCAGGCGCUGAUUGAGCAGGCUGGCUACCAGCCUAAGGCCACUGACCUGCAGGGGCUGCUGGCACUGGCCAAGUCGCAAGGGGCCACCGGCAACGCCACGCGCGGCGCCUGCAAAAUUUGCGGCGGCCUGGGCCACCUCACAAAGAAGUGCAAGAACGGUGUUUCGGGUCACACGGGUGACAUCGGCGACCUGGACGCGGCGGCGGCAGUUGCUAGCAUGCGCGCGCUGCUGCCCGACCCAGAUGAGGUGUCGUCCCUGGGCUCCAGUGAUCUGGACGGAAGCGACCUCAGCGACAGCGACGGCGACGGCGGUGAGAAGCGCAAACGCAAGCACAGCAGCAGCAAGAAGGAAAAGAAGGAGAAGGACAAGAAGCGGAAGAAGGAGAAGAGCAGCAAGAAGGGAAAGAAGGAGCGCAAGGAGAAGAAGGACAAGCGGGAGAAGCGGGACAAGAAGCGGCGGCACGAAGAGGACGAUAGGGAGGGCAGCGGGAAGCGGGCGCGCGACGAGAGCGACAGCAGCAGCGACAGCGGUAGUGACAGCGAUGGGGACCGGCGACGUGAGAAGAGGCGGCGGAGCAGCCGAGAGAGGGACAGCAAGGAGAGGGAGCAACGCGGCGGGCGUGAGGAGGACGCUCGCGAGGAGCGCCGGGGUGAGGGGCAUGAAGAUCGCCGCGGUGAGGGGCAUGAAGAUCGCCGCGGUGAGGGGCGUGAGGAGCGCCGCGGUGAGGCGCGUGAGCCGGAGCGGGAACGUGAGCGUGAGCACGAGCGCGAGCGGGAGCGGGAGCACGGGCGCGGAGGUGGCCGUGACGAGGGCGAGCGGGAGUACGACCGGGAAGCGUGGCGGCGGAUGGAGCGGCAGCGGGGCGAGCGGGAAGGCGGGGCUGGCGGGCGCAACCGGGAUCGUGACCGGGAGGAGCGCGAGCGGGGCAAGGAGCGCGAGCAGGGGCGGGAGCGCGACCGCAGUCAUGAGCGGGAUGGCUCCCGGGAGCGGCGGUGAUAUGGCUGUCCAAGUGUGACCAGCAUGACGGCGGCCAUGGCAAUGAGGUGCACAUGCGGUAUGCGGCAGUGACUAGACGCGGAUAACGACACUUCCUUUACCUAACUUCAUCAGACUAGAUGUCCUUAUGACAAGUACCAUGCUGACCGUUGAACGAAUACACGAGCGCGAGGGGGCCGCUAUGUUUGGUGUGUGGUAACAGCUGAUGAAAGCGCAACUGUUUGCAACGUGCUGUAAAGCUCGUGACGGUGCGUUGAGUGUGACCGCCGUGCUGACGGACAGAUGUAAUUGCAAUGGGACAGUAUACGGUGGGUAAGUCCCGCAAUCGUGUGGUGUAUCCCCGGACCCGGGCAUUAGCGGAGUUGCAACGCAGCAACCGCCAGGCAUGGGUGCGCAGCUGAUCGGACUUCAGACAGACAUCGGGUAUCGUGUGAAAGCUCAUGUGCAACUGAGAGUCUGAGACGGGUG